UCCUUCAAGUCAACAAACAGUAAAAAUUCACAAUCACAGCAGAGAAAAAGGAAAGUUGGGUUAGAGUUAGAGAGUUAGGAGUUAAACAAAUCCGUUGACUGGUCUCCCACUACACCUUCCACGAAAUCACAAUCACGUUUUCUUUCUUUUCUAUUCCACUUUCUCUCUCAAUUCAUUCAAUCAAUCAAUCAUCUCUCUAAACCCUCCCCCCAUGGAACACGCCUUACAAGCCGUCGUCGCCUCUAUCGCCAGCUUCUUCGUGGUCACCCUCCUUCUCGCCGCCGCCAUCCUCCUCUGCCAGCACCACCGCAACUCCACCAAGACCCGGGCCCGCUCCUCCCAUAUCCGAACCCGCCCCGCCCCCCACCGCGAAGCCUCCUCCUCCCUCUCCGCCGUGGACGCCAGCUGGUCCUCCGACCCCAACCUCAUCAAGAUCUCCUGGGACGAGCUCGCCCGCGCCACCGACAACUUCUCCCCUCACCUCAUCGUCGGCGACGGCAGCUUCGGCCUCGUCUACAAGGCCCGCCUCUCCAGCGGCGCCACCGUCGCAGUAAAAAAACUCUCCCCUGACGCCUUCCAAGGCUUCCGCGAGUUCACCGCCGAGAUGGAAACCCUAAGCCGCCUCCGCCACCCAAACAUCGUCAAAAUCCUCAGUUACUGGGCCUCAGGCCCUGAACGCCUCCUCGUCUACGAGUUCAUCGAAAAGGGAAACCUCGACCAGUGGCUCCACGAGCCCGAUCUCUCUCUCUCCCUCUCCCCACUUCCCUGGCCCACACGUGUCAACAUCAUCCGUGGCGUGGCCCAUGGGCUUUCCUACCUCCACGGCCUUGACAAGCCCGUCAUUCACCGCGACAUAAAAGCCAGCAACAUCUUGUUGGACUCUAAGUUCCAGGCCCAUAUUGCUGACUUUGGGCUGGCCCGUAGAAUCGAUAAAACGCACUCCCACGUGUCAACGCAGUUCGCGGGAACUAUUGGCUACAUGCCUCCCGAGUGCAUAGAAGGGUCCAAUGUGGCUAACAGGGAGGUGGAUGUGUAUAGUUUUGGGAUUUUGAUGAUUGAGACCGCGUCGAGUCACAGGCCCAAUUUGCCGAUGAAAUUGGGCCCGGACGACAUUGGUAUGGUCCAGUGGGCCAGGAAGAUGAAGGAGAAGAAUGCGGAGAUAGAGAUGGUGGAUGUGAAUAUUUCAAGAGGAGAAGGGUUGAGGGAGGAGACUGUUAAGGAGUACGUGCGCAUCGCGUGUGAGUGCACACGUGAGAUGCAGAAGGAAAGGCCCCAAAUGCCACAAGUUGUACAAUGGUUGGACUCCAUGCCACUUUGAAACUUUUAACUAAUCUCCUGUAAAUACCUUCUUCUACGUAUCUAUGCGCUUCUAUCACUGUAUGUAAGUCUAUAACAUUAAUUACUUUACAUCUUCAUAAUAAAUGCCAUCAAAAUCAUCGCAUUUUUUGGUUGUUGUUGCCAAUUAAUGAACUCCGAGAUGAGGGUUUUACAAAGGUCGGAAGCCAUGCAAGAGUUCCCCAAUUUCUCCCCUUUCUACCUUGUA